AUGCUAAUCGAGCAGCGCACGAUGGUGAGAGACCGGAACACGGCAAUCCUCGAGCUCCUGAGAGGCAUCCAAGGCGAUUUCGAGAGACGGGGGAUGAACGGAAACCUCUGGGAGUCUUGGAUGAGCGAAUGGACGGAGCUGCUUUAUUGUUUGGGUGCGCACGACAGCGACGAAGACCUCAUCGGAGGGGAGGGAUUGCGCGUGGUCCGCAAGCUUCUUCUUGGGAGCGAAGCCACGCUUGAAGACCGGAGGCAGUUAGGGAGAUCGGCUCCGAUCCUGAGACGGAUCCUGGACGCUUACGGCGGGCUGACCUUCCCAGAGUUCUUUAUGCAAACCCUGCAUCUGCUCUACUUGCUGACCUUGCUUGCACGAGGGUUGACGGGGUUUGAGGGAGAGGGACGUCUCGGCUGGGCGGCUGACGCGAUUCGGCCGUUCGACCAAGCCGUCUGGUUGCUUGCCGAUGCGCGAGCGCGGCCGCUUGGGAUUGAUGAGCGCAGACGGCUGGAGCAGGCGCGUGCCUUGGCAAACGAGCUUUUGCCAGGAGUCGAGAGCCUGGCUCCGAGCCCCCAGCAGUGGGCGGUCAUGAGUGAGAGGCAGAAGGCAUUGCUGUGGGAGCGGCUGGGUCGGAACGAGGAGGGCGUUUCGCUGCAUCCGCUCCCAAUUGGGCACAGCUUUCGAGCCGAACAGGACGCGCUCGCUCGGUAUGACUUCCCGGGCUGGGAGCAGUAUCGAGGCUUGCCCCAUUUCAGCGAUUUCGAGCACCCUGACGGCCGCAGCAAAGGGUCGGAGGAGUUCAAAUGCGCUUCGGGGAAGACCGUCGGGGAGUGGGAUUCUGAAAACGUGCCCGGAUUGGUCAAAGGUGGGGGGAAGGCGGGCAAGAAAGGAGCCAUUUCAAAGCGUCCGAAUCGGAGCCGGGGCGCCUUCCUUUUCUGCUGUCCGCACCGGUUGAUCUAUGGCUAUAAUGUGAUGCUGAGGGGCGAGAGUCCACGGGAUCCGUUCGCAAUUCUGUACACGCGGCUGAGGCGAGAGGAUCUCCCCCGGGUUUUGUGUUACGACAAUGCGUGCGCUCUGCGCAACUACUGUAUGCGCAGAGCCCCGGCCCAUUUCUCCGACGUUCGCUUCGUCGUUGACAGAUUCCACUAUGCGAAAGCUGGGGCCGAAGUGCAUAAGUGUGGGCCUAGCAAUUCAGUCGACCUCUACGAGUCGCUGAAUUGGGUAAACACAAGCGCGGUUGAGUCCGUGAACAGCUUCCUGAAGGGUUUUCGCUCGCUGGGGUGGUACAGCAGCCUGGAAAGCUUCAUGGUCAUCUUGCCCUUGCUCCUCGGGGGGUACAACGCGGCUCUGAGGCGCGUCGACGAUGCGAAGCUGUGCGUCGCGAUUGCGGCGACCUGUUGGACGGUUGGGAUGCGAUUAGCGUUGCUGAGAAGGUAG